AUGGCGCAGACCAGCGACGCAGAGCUCAAGCCGCGCUACAAGUCGACUCUGGCGCCACCAGCGUACUACCACGGCCAGGGCACGCACGUCGCACUGUACGCCCGCUCGCACAGCGGCAUCGCGUGGCAGCCGAGCGAGUGCGACGACUAUGGGUGCCGCGCGGUCGACGAGACGGUGGAGAGGGAGGGCGUCGAGGGGGUCAGGAGCGCGGUCAGGGUCGACGUCAUGGAGGACAAGGGCUGGGACGCUCUGCGGCGGCGGCUCGACGAGGACGAGGGCGGCGAGAACGCGGCGUACGACCUCGUUCUCGGGCAGAACUUCAUCCACAUGAUCCCUUUCCCCGAAGGCCCGCGACGCAUCUUUACGAGCCUCGUCUCGCGCUCGCUCGUCUCUCGGUCGGCCAAGCUCGUCCUGUACGGGCCUUUCAAGCACGACGGCGGCUUCUACAGCGACUCGGACGAGGCGUUCGACAAAGAGAUCUCGUCCCGCCCGUCAUCGUACCCGCUCGGCCUGCGCUCGAUCGACGCCCUCGCGCACCUCGCGGCCGAGUGCGGCUGGGCCCUGCGCGAGCGUACCGGCGUCGCCAAGGGCAACUGGGUCCUCGUGUUCGAGCAGGCGCGAGGGACUGGGUCGACCCUGGGCGAGGACGAGCCGUAG